UUGAAAUAGUUUGUAAUGAGAUUUAUGUUGUGUUCAAUAUUUGGAUACCUUAUCUAAAAUGAUUGAUUGUGUUUUUAGAUUAAUUGUAGAAACAGGUCUUACGAAACAUUUCUGCUCUAGUGAUUGACAGGGUUUCGUCGAGCCAAAGAUCUAACGUACCAUUAGCUCAAUCUUACUUUAAAACUGAAGACUUCUGCGUUAAAUAGCAACAUUACAACUACAAAGAAAUGGACGAAAUGUUAAACGAAACUCUAAAUUUAACUUCAAAUUCUUCAAUCAUAAACAACAUCUCGACAUCCGGUGACGUGUUUGAUGAUUCAGAAGUCUUGGCUUACAUAGCAGCUGAAAUCAUUAUCGCAGUCUUUGCUUUGUUCAGCAACUUAUUCGUUUUCAUUGCGAUAAUAAGGUUCAAAAACCUACAAACACCAACAUUUUGCCUGUUAGCAAGCCUUUCUGUUGCAGAUAUAUCAGUCGCACUGCUGGCAAUUCCAAGCGCCAUUGUUCUAAGGAUUGGUCUCGGUCUGCAAAUAAGCGGGCAAACGACAGACACUGAUCACCCAGUGCAUCAAGGUACGGUAUGUUUUCCACUGUGUCUUGCCAUGGUGGCAUUCCAGCUCUUCGCAACACAGGUGUCCAUUUGGGGACUCUUGCUGAUUGCUAUUGACCGUUUCGUGGCUAUACACUUUCAUUUAAGAUAUCGAGCUUACAUAACACUGUAUCGUGUAAAAGUUGGCAUCGUUGUUUCAUGGCUUGGUGGAAGCGUUAUUGCGCUUGGUUGGGAGUCGGCGGUAGGAGCCAGCGCAGAAAAUUUACAUGCUGUAAAACGAUGCGCCUUCGAACAAGUCGUCUCCAUGGAGUAUAUGGUCUACUUCAACUUUGUUGGUUGUGUUUUGAUCCCGUUUAUCGCCAUGUUUGCUCUCUAUCUCAUGAUUUUUCGGUCAGCUAAGAAGCAGCUGCAGAAAAUCUAUUCUGACGUUGCUUUUCACCCACGCCGACGUGGGGCUUCAGUAUUAUCUUAUCGCACCCGAACCAUAUCCAACACUGUUGAAUCUUCACCGACUGAUGAGGUCUUGGAAGAAACUAGCCUUGCUCUAACCGCAGCCCGAGAAGCUAUGAAGUUGAGUGGGAAUAAGAACCCAAACACGUUGAAAAGGUCUUCAUCAGUAACGGAGGUGUCCGAACAGUUUUACGCCAUUGAGACCACUUCGAAUGCCAGUGUAGUAAAGAAGAUACAGAACCCUCGUGAAUUAUUUGUGUCUGGGAGCUCAAGAAGGUCCAGCAAUCUCUUAAGUUCCUGUGACGACUUUGACAGCGUUGCUGCUAAUGUAUCAGCCCGCAGGCUCCGUCGAAAAUCAAAGUUGCUUUGGAAAGAGUUUACCGCAGCUCGAAGUUUAUUUACAGUUAUCGGACUUUUCGCUUUGUGUUGGCUACCAGUUCAUAUUAUUAAUUGCAUUACUCUGUAUUGUCCGGACUGCCGUCGACCAGACUGGCUUAUGGACUUGGCGGUCCUUCUUUCCCAUGCCAAUUCUAUGGUAAACCCUGUAGUGUAUGCGUUCCGCUUGCGAGAAAUGAAAGGAGCUUUACGCAAACUGUUGGUCAAGUAUAUGAAAACUCUAACCUGCAAGUAAUGCGGGUGUGGUAUAACUUCUUAGUCAGACUUCUUAGUCAAUCAGACUUCUUAGUCUUCUCAGACUUCUUAGUCAAUUCGCCCGUGGUACAUAUUUUCAUGCCUUCAAGUUCUUGUACAGUGUCAAGUAAAAGUGAUUUCGUACGUGAAAUAUUUUAUACUUCUCCAAUAAAAUUAUUUUAAAC